CCAUCCUCUCCUCUCUCCAAUUCCUUCCUUUUAACAUUCCACCACCACUUCCUUACUAAAGCAGAAGGAAGAACCCUUAACUCCAACAAGACCUCUCAAUGGAAGCCUCUCCAAAUCACCAGGAAAGCCCAAUUCCCACUCUCCUUCCAUCCCCAAAAAUUCAGAGUCCCAACAGCAGCACAAGUAGCAGCAGCAGUACCACCACUGCUGCCAUCACCACCACCCCCACAAACCCAUUACCUUCUCCACGCCUUCAGCCAAAACCCAUCACCAGAUCCGAGCCUGCCAACCCGUACCCGACCACCUUUGUCCAAGCUGACACCUCCUCCUUCAAGCAAGUUGUCCAAAUGCUCACCGGAUCCUCCGAGACCGCCAAGCUUGCUUCCUCAACCAAACCCACCCAACCCGAACCCAACCCCAACCCCAAAACCCAUAUUCCUCCCAUCAAGUCCAUACCCAACAAGAACAGGCAGCAAUCUGGGUUCAAGCUUUACGAACGAAGGAAUUCCCUCAAGAAUCUCAAGAUCAACCCACUCAAUCCCAUAUUUGCUCACAACAAUUCUGGGUUCUCUCCCCGUAAACCGGAGAUCCUUUCCCCGAGCAUUCUUGACUUCCCUUCUCUGGUUCUCAGCCCUGUUACCCCCUUGAUACCAGACCCAUUUGACCGAUCCGGAUCCACAAAUUACAGCAAUUGUUUCAACAACAAUGCAAAGCUCAACACUAAAGCUGAAGAAAAAGCAAUAAAAGAGAAGGGUUUUUAUUUGCAUCCGUCACCGUCCACCACGCCUCGUGAUUCAGAGCCCAGGUUGCUUCCUCUGUUUCCAACCUCCUCGCCUAGAGUUGCAGGUUCUUCGGUUUCUUCUUGAAUUAAUAAUAUUUUUUAGGGUUUUUUUUUUCAUUUUUACAUAUUAUUCGCAUUAAAAAUGGUAUCCAAACCAUCAUGUGAAGGAGGAGAAAGAGAUUUGUAAUGUUGGAAAUUAGCAGAGGAAUGAGAUAUAUCUCUCCUUCAAUUGCAAAAUUUGAUACUUCCUGACUUCAUUUUCUUCCAAUUUGUGUAAUAGGUAAGAAACUUGGUUAGAUAAAAAAAAAAAUUUAUUUUCUUUUCCAAAAUUCUGGUUGUAAUGCAAAAUUAUUAGUAAUGGUAAAUAUUAGCUA